GCGUCCAGUCAAAGUCAUUUUCCUUCUCAUGAUACCAUCAAUUUAGUUUUAGAAGCAAAAAUAAAAAUUUAUGAAUUAGUUCAUGUUGUGUUCUAAAAAUCUUUGAAUGUUCCAUUUUUGCAUUGAUCCCACUCAUUAUAUAAAUGCAUUACAUUUAUAAGUAAUUUUCCCGUUGAAAGAGGUUUUUACGUAAGUUUUCCAUUCGAGGGAACACCUUCAAUUUUUCCGUAUAAUUUCUUUAGUGUACAAAAUGGGAGACACAAUGUGAAUCAAUAAAAUAUUUUUUUAAAGAUAAUGCUAGGAAUUCUUCUAUGCUACACUUAAAAAAUUCAACAAGAUGAAGAAUAUUCGUGAUCACAUUUAAAUGAAUUUUAAGUAAAUUUAUUUUAAGAAAGAAAAAGGAAGAAGAAAUAUAAUUUUCAACGGAAACGAAUUGAAACAGAAAGCAGAGAUAGUGCAUUUUCUUGAAAUAAUUGCUAUGGAUUUAUCAUCUUUUACCUUUGGUCUUUUGCUAUGUCUUAUCGCAGCUUUUAUUCACACAGUUAGUGGCAUUGAUUGCUUCAAAUGCGUGUCCUUUAAUGGCGCCAACAAAGGAUGCGAUGAUCCUUUUCACAACAAUUUUUCAACAGCCGUCCUGGAGUCACCAUGCAUGGGAGGAAGGAAAGGACGUGAUGGCUUAUUUCCUGCUACAUCAUGCAUUAAGAUAGCUGGGUACUAUGACGAUACCGGGGAGACGAUAACAGUUCGUGGUUGUGCAUUAGACAGUGGAACCCUAACAACAGACACAGAAAUAAUUCGAAUGUCCCACUGUGGCAGAUUUUACUACGACAAUAGGUACGUUCAUGGCUGCCUCCAGAGCUGCAAUGAUGCUGAUGCUUGCAAUGCAGCACCACCUCAUCUCGCUAUUUUCGUCAAUCACGUCACAUUGGCAUUCGUUGCGUUAGUUCAUCUUCUGCUAUUAGCUACAAGAUAACACAAUCACGAUGCAAAUUUUAUUCAAUACGUAAUUUAAGUAACUCGUAAGAGUUAAAUUUUUCUGGGUGUAGAAAAUCGCGGGUUAGGACGAAGAUAAAAACCUUAAAGAAAAACUGUUCAACCCAAAGAAUCUUCCCGAAAAAAAAAAUCCGACCGAAACUCUCAGUUAAAUUCUGGCUUCAAUAGAAUACAAACUAUCCUCAUAUUUAGCUGUAUUUCGCACCCCAAUAUCUGACUUAAAUACUAACUUUGAACGCGAUCUCCUAAGUUUAAAUUUAAGUUUGAACAGAUUAACGGAGUUCUUCCGAUAUAGAAUCACGUGCUAAAAGGACCUAAAGUAGUGAAAUCAAGAUCUAAUUUGAUGAAAGCAGAAAAAAGGCAUUAAAUAUUCAUUUUAUGAAUUUUUAUUGGGAUAAAAUUUAAAGUAAAACAAUAAAAUUUGUGACUAUUUUAAAAAUAUAUUUUACAGUAGAUCCGCAAUUGAUAACACUGAGGCACGAGAAUGCAUCCUCAUUCAUAGACAAUGAAGCACCUACAAUUUUCUUGAAUGCUUACACUAUUUUUGUUUUAAAAUACUCUGCUCCAACAUUUUUCUUAAAAUCUAUACUGAAAUUGCGUAGAAUUGUAAGAGAAUUUUGUAAGAGGAAAGAUUGAGAUAAUCGUUAAGCUUUUUUUCCAAUUUACUCUUACUUAAUACGUUUUAUUACAUUUUUAAGUAAAUUCCCCAAAUGUUUUACAUAACUAUUGCAGCCUACCUAGCACAAAUUAUAUAUAAUAAUCAUGAAAAGAAUCCAUCAAGAAAUUUUACACCAUAGAAAUUAGAUUCUUCGCUUAGCGCAGCAGUGUUUAUAUUAAAGAACAACCUAAUAUUAUACUAAAAAAAA